AUGGAAGAUGCUCGGCUGGCUCUGGGCUUCCCCGGCCUGGGGGCCUCCCCUGGCAAGCGAAAGUUUUCACUUUUCCUACAUCAGCCGGAAUCGCCCAUCUGUCCAGAUCUGGCAGUGGGACGCACGCUGGCGCUCUUUGCUAUGGUCCAGACCGGGACGGGAGCAGUGCCCGGCCCCCAGCCCCUCGGGGCCCUCCUGGAUGCCGGGGGCUGCCACUUGGCCCAGUUCAAGUCUCUGUCCCCACAAGAGCUGCGGGCUAACCUCCUCCCCUCCCUCUGCCCGGACCUGAUGCCCUGCCCCCGCCUCUUCCCCAGGACCUGGGAGGUGCGGCAGCUGCAGGUGUGGGAGCGCCCCGUGGCCUUGGAGGCUGAGUUGGCCCUGACGCUGAAAGUCCUGGGGUCCGUGGCCGACGGGUCCCAGGGGGACAUCCUGGACCAGCCCCUUCACACGUUGCGCCACAUGCACUCUGAGCUCCAGGCCGUCUCGGCUCAGUCUGAAGCAGGCCCCCGGCCCCAAGGCCGCCUCCAUCACAGGGUGCAGUGUCUCCACGAGGCCCCGAAGAAGUCCCUCGGCUGCCUGGAGGCCUCUGUCCUAUUCAACCUCUUCCGCCUCCUCACCCGGGACCUGAAACGUGUCACCAGCGGAGACCUGUGUGUGUGA